AAGCCAAGCGACAUAGAACUGUUACUGUACCAGAGCUUGAGCUAGCACUCAAGGAAUUCAUAUUAAUCUAUCAACACCGCACUAUUUUAAGUGAUGCCAUAAUGAUCGAAAAAGCAAAAUUGUUAGCGGAUGAACUUGGACUUUAUGAAGAAGCAGGUUCUGUUGAUGAGGAUGUUAUUACUGAAUCCCUACCUUUAUUGCAAACGACUCGACGAAUUGCAGGGUGCAAAAAAAAUAAGGAACGUAUUUCUGUGGCGUUAUAUGCGAAUGCCAAUGGAUCCUAUAAGUUGGCUCCUCUUAUAAUUGGCAAAUAUGCCAAACCCCAAUUGGCUUCAGGAUUUCGACCACCAAAUGUUGCAAAAGCAUUCGGGCCAGCAUAUGUACAUUUUUUAUCCAAAAAUACAACUUCUAGAAUACAACCCAUAGACGCAGGAAUUAUCAUGGCUUUUAAAAGAGCCUAUCAUCGUUUUCAUCUCCAAUGGAUGUUGGAGCAAGUUGAAGCAGAUAAUCUUGUUCAGGAUUUGAAAAUGGAUGUUUUACAAGCAAUCUUUGCAAAUCUUUCAGAUGAUCUUCAUAAAGCUGGCGAUUCAAGGCUUGAAGGUCUUAUUAGGUCACUGGAUACUCUCUGUCUUUCAAAUGUGAUAGAAAUUGAUGAAUUCUUAAAUUUUAAUGGUGAAGAGAUUGUUUACGAAGUCCUCCCAGAGGAUCAAAUCAUUAAGGAGCUGGCUUAUGUGUUUAGAAAUGAUGAAAGUGUUGAAGUUAUAGAUGAAGGAAAUACUGAGGUAAUAGAUGAAGAGGAAGAUGAUAGUAUAGAACCUGCAAUUGUUAGUGGUAACUCGGCAUUGAAUAGCUUAGAAAAUGUUCAGAUGUUUUUACUUCAGCAGGAAGACUCGGGUGAUCAAUUAAAAUCAAUUAAUUUUCUUGAGAAAUUUAUUAGAAGAAUGAUGUCAAGUUCUGCUCAGCAAACUCGCAUAGAUGAAUAUUUUAAGACAUAA